AAAGAACAUGCGACGAGGCUGGUCAGGGGUGUAUUUCCCAUAAGCCUUUCUCUUAACAGUCAGACGUGGAUAAAGUGUUAAACAUGUUUUCCAUGUCGCAAAAAGUAACUAGCAGGUUGUUUUUGAAAUUCCGCUUUACUUUAAAGCAAAAGCUUCACUCCAUGGUCCCCGAUGUUGUUAUACCAAAUAUGCACUUGGAGGAGUGCAUUUGGAAAAAUUUAGAGAAGUGGCACAAUAAGACUGCUCUGGUAUGUGCGCAAACCAAUCGCAAUUACACGUAUUUGCAAUUGCACAAAAAGAGCAACGCACUAGCAAGUUUCUUGUGCAACCUGGAUAAACUAAAACAGUCUGAUACAGUUGCUGUAGCACUGCCCAAUCUUCCGGAAUAUGCGAUUAUUGUACUAGGCGUUAUUCAGGCAGGUUGCAAAGUAACCACUCUAAAUCCUUUAUAUACUUCGGGCGAAAUGAGUUACCAAUUGAUACGUGCAGAACCCAAAGUAAUAUUUGCAACACCUGAAACCUAUAAAACUGUACAAAUUGCAUUGCAAUUAAGCAAACUUCACAUACCAACCAUUGUUGUUAGAGCAAAGAACGAUUCUACCUUACCACAUGGGGCAAUCGACUUCGAGGAAAUUACUCGAAAUCAUUGCGACGCGAACUUUGACUUACGCAGAAGUCACGAUGACACUGUAUUAAUGUUAUUUUCAAGUGGAACAACAGGUUUACCAAAGGGAGUUGAGAUUACCAGCAGAGGUUUGGUAUCCUGCCUGCACCAAUUAUCGGCACCCAAACUGGAUCGUCUAUCCGAAACGAGCGAAUCUGAGCAGGAGGUUGUCCCAGUAGUUAUACCAAUGUUCCACAUAUACGGAUUGGUGGUUAACCUUCUCCAUGGCUUGUUGAAAGGAAGCAAGUUAGUAAUCGUUCCAAAAUUUUCAUCAGAACUCUUUGUGAAUGUCUUGGAAACGUACAAACCAACCGUCCUCUAUGUGGUGCCACCAAUAUUUCACAUGAUGUUAAAUAGCAACAAGUUUAACUUGUCCCACUUCACUAAGACGAAAAGUAUAAACUCUGCGGCUGCACCUCUGGGAGCCACAGAUAUUAUGGCUUUAAGCGAGAAACUACAAGGGAAAGUAGAUAUUUUCCAGAUGUAUGGUCAGACUGAAGUCUGUGUGACUCACGUUCAGAGUUCACAAAUAGAUGAUCAUAGGAAACCAGGAGGAAUCGGUUUUCUGCUACCUUCAACUGAGGCCAAAAUUAUGUCGACCACUACCGGGAAUGAAGUCGCCGCUAACCGGGUGGGAGAGAUGUACCUUCGUGGUCCUCAGGUGAUGAAAGGAUAUUACAAAGAUAAAAAUGCCAACGACGCUGCGUUUACUAAGGAUGGAUGGUUCAAAACAGGAGAUUUGGGUUACUAUGAUGAAGAUGGUCAUUUUUUUCUUACAGACCGAGUGAAGUAUCUCAUUAAGGUAAAUGGAUACCAAGUGGCCCCGGCUGAGUUGGAGGAUUUAAUAAGACUCCAUAAAGACGUAGACGACGUUGCCGUGAUUGGAGUCCCUCAUAAAAAAUUUGGGGAAGUGCCCAAGGCAUUUGUGGUUCGUAGACGAGAUUCAAACGUAUCGUCAUUUGCAUUUCAGGAAUUUGUAAAGAGUAAGGUUGUACAUUAUAAGCAGUUGAUUGGAGGAGUAUCUUUCGUGGAUUCUAUUCCAAAAUCCCAAGUAGGAAAGGUACAGAAAAAUGAACUAAAUAAAUAUUAACGCAUUUAUUUGUAAUUAUGGGUGCAAUAA